CGAACGAGCAUGUCGCGUUACUCGUUGACCUCUUCUCACGCCUCAUCCAACUCGCCAUCUAUCACGAUGGAGAAGGGAAGGUAUCGGCUACGAGCUCCCGCGCCCAUCGAACCCUUUGCCUUGAACCUCGGUCGAGCCACCGCUCUCACACAGCGCACGUCACCGCAUAGCCGUGCUCGCCAGAGAACCUCCUCUGUUGCAGCCGGGUUGGUGAUCAUCCUCGCUCUUUGCAGUCUGGCUAGUUUUGGGUUCGCGUACUACCUUUUCACCACGAGUUAUCCCGUUUGACCUGCAAACUCGCACCUACCCCGAAUCCGAAAAGUUUAUCUCGUACCUCCCUCACAGCGGUCUCCACAACCAGCGCAUUGCUCUCGAGAACGCACUCGUUCUUGGUGUGUUGACGAAUCGUACUGUUCUUGUUCCUCCAGUCCGACUAGGUACCAAGUCUAUCCGCUAUCUCAACUCUCAAGCUCUGCAAGACGUCCUCGCCAUUUCGGGCAAGGAGGGUCUUCACCAUUGCGCUCAUGUAGGGUCCCCCUUCACGCCUCCAGAAUGUUUCGACUUCGCCACUUUUACGCAUGUCUCACCAGCGUGGCUGUUCAACCUGACCCAUGUCCACGACUUGGUCCGCCUGGAACACAUGGCCGAUCUGUCUCCACGAGCGACGCUCGCUCGCCUGAACCUCACUUCGGCCCACGUGGCUGCGUUCCCCGAUUCCAACCCAUACCAAUACCGCUUUCUGGACACGCAGAGCAAUUCAAGUCACAAGUAUUCCGAGACCUUGUUCAUCCCCGACUUGGCUGCUCUGCCUCACCGCCUGCUUUCGCUUGGAACAUUGUUUGGUUCCUCGCGCUUGAGGCUGAGAUUAGAAGGGAACAAGAGAAUCCGCACGACUGUUCGCGAAGCCAUGGACUUGACCACACCCGAGCUCGGCCAUAUCGCUGAUAGAAUCCGUGAUGCGAUGGGCGGAUAUUACCUUGGCAUCCACUUGAGACUCGGAGAUGGAUCAUUCAAGGAGGAACACCACAACACUCUACACCUGACGUGGUGGAAGUUGGUACACGAGAUCAUGCAAUUCGAUCACGCGGACACAUUGGCCUUGGGACGGCGUUUUGGCCUAGACCCGGCUGUCUCGGAGUUCCGAACACCUUCCUCUCAUGUUCUAUUCAGAUCUCUACCAGAAAACUCUUUCUCAGACGCUCAGUUACAAUGCCGCCGAAGACGCCAUCGUGCUGCCAGUCUGGUCAAACUGAACUGGCCGUUGUUCAUUGCCACAGACGUCGAUGGACCUGCAACUAAUGAGCUGCUGGCCCCAUUUCGUCGGGCGUUUCCAUGCGCGUUGUUUCUGUCGGACUUUACCGAUCAGCUGCAGCCACUCGGUAGAAUCAAGAACGCGUACGACGGGGCGGAAAUGCGGCCUUUCUUGUCAUCGCUAGUCGAUGCCAUGGUGGUGGCUCGAGCUCACGUGGUCAUUGGCACGGAGGGCAGUACAUACAGUCAGUUUAUUCAGGAUGUCUUAUGGCCGAGAUUCCAUGGCCUGCCGAUAGUGGAGAGAGGAUAGAAGAUAGAAGGCAUUUUUACUAUGUGAACACGGCACUCAAUCGAGAGCUGAUGAUGCUAGAUGGCCAGUCGGCUACAACUUGAACUGAUGCUAUGGCGAUGAUCAUGAAGCGGCAAAUCAACCCUCUUUCACGUUAGCGGACUCCGGGUUUCAGCCUCGCAACGCUUCCUAUUGUUGUCAAUGAUCACAAUGUAUCGAAUAUCUCCUUCGCUUUCACCAUUUCCUACAGCCUAUCCCUGUCGCCACCAUGACUGCCCUGCCUAGUCCCAAGCCGCAGUUCGCGUCCGCCGCCUCUCGUUUGCCACCUUUGCUUUCUCCGAGGCCAGGCAUCAAUGGCUUCACUAUCCCUCCUUCGCCGCGCUUUCCGAAGAGUCCGGGUGGCAAGGGAGAGGGUGAGCGGUUGGAUCAAUGGUUCGAGGACCUUUCCAAGUACGAAGCGACUGUGGCAGCUAUGGCCGAAGCAUCCACUGAUGCCAAAUUCCAUGAAGAACUCGGGACGAUUGAGCAAUGGUUCGCCGUCCUGUCCGAAGCCGAACGGACUGCGACUCUGUAUACUCUGCUGCAACACUCCAACCAGAAUCAAAUUAGAUUCCUGAUCGCUGUGUUGCAGCAGAUGGCCGGCCCUGCGCCUUUGACUGCAUCACUCGACGGGUCCUUCAAAGCCAAGCAGCAACAAAAACCUUCGGGCCGCAACCUUCGUCCCCCGACCUUGAACAUCCCUGUGCCCGAAGCUCCCGCCGCUCCGGCGCCUGUAUCUGCUGCUCCUCCAGAACCGACCGGCCCGGGGCAGGAUGUUGUCUUCAACCGUCCGGCAGAUGCCAGCUGGGCCAAUAUGGUCAACACGCCCUUCACCCCGAUGUUUCAGAAGCCGGCUCCAGCGCAGAACCAACAGCCCGUCGCGGCGAUGCCGGGUCUCAAUCCUAUGAUGGUUCCCCCGGGCAUGAUCAAUCCGAUGCAACUGAACAACAUGGCGCUUUCCAACGAAGCCCAGCUGAAUCAGCUAUUGGCCAUGCAGAUGAUGUUGAACGGGAUGAUGCAGCAACCGGGAGGGAUGCCGCAGCCUGGAAUGAUGCAGCCGCCUCCGCCGGCUGCGAAAUCGGGCAAGGGCUCGAAUUGGAGGCAACAGGGAAAUGCAAGACACACGGGCAACGCGGCGCGCGGUGGGAGCUCGAAAGGCAGCGGCCACGGAGGGCAGAGUGCAUCGUCAUCUGCCCCGGGAAACAGCAACCGUGAGGAUGAUGUCGAUCCGGAACUUUUGAAGGACGUCCCCGCCUGGUUGAGAAGCCUGCGUUUGCACAAAUACACUGUCUGUUUCGCCGGGAUGACUUGGGAGGAUAUGGUAGCGCUCGAUGACUCGGCGUUAGAGGUCAAGGGUGUGGCUGCUUUGGGAGCUCGACGUCGUCUGCUCAAGACUUUCCAAUCGGUCAAAGUCAAGAUGGGCAUGGCGCCUGCCCCGGAUUCCGAUCCUGUUUCGGCCGGGGCUGUUUCAGCAUCAGAGCCAUCUCCCUGAGAGCCCGCUGCUUCUUGAAUGGACUUUAUUCAUCGCCCGAGCUGGCCUCGCUAGCAUGGAUUUAUGCACUCUGUACCUUCUCCAUCUACACUUAGGACAUUAUUGAAUUCAUCCCCAUUACACAUUUCAAACGACUGCUACACAGAUAAGAUUGUCAGAGAAUGCGCCGAAAUGAACUGUUGUCUCGAACUGCGCCAUGCUGUGGGAAGAUGUUGGAAUAAGCCGCACAAAGUUGGUGAGGGCAGAUCGCAGAGACUUGAGCUGGAUUCGAGAGACAUGAUGAAUCGAGACCGGAGACGAGAGCUAUACUGAGACGGUCAAAAUUCUAGUCUUACUUAAAACGACUAUCACGAGUCCGGUCUGCAAAAGAGACUAAGUCUCUGGGAUCCGGUUCCAACACGACUGAGGAACGCAGAAGUUGAUCCCUGCACGCUCGUAUCGUUGCCUGGAUUGUGCUCCUGCUUUCAAUCCCAGUGUGAACCACGACUCGCGACGGAUGGAAAGGGAGGGAGGAAUGGGAAGUUGAGCUAUAGCGUGUAUGGCGACUUGUCAAGUCGGUUCGUUUUGGCUCAGUCACGCAACCGGCAAGCCCCUACUGUCGCAGCCGAGCCAAUCAGUCCUUGGGUAAGCGCUUGAAUAAAGAUAGAAGAGUUGGUGGAAGCCUUUCUUCCUAUGUUUCACAGGGCGGAACGCAGCAGCUGAGGUUUAAGCGACGUGACAACUGGUGAUUACAAG